AACCUUCCUCGUUUAAAAAUUCACCACCUCCAAGCAUUAAAAGCGGAUUCAUAACGUCUUCGAAUAGUAGUUGCUUAUUUAUGAAUGACCGGGCGAUUGGUCUUGAAAAUCGUGUUCAGCGGUUGAAAGAACUAUUAAGAAAUAAAGAUGAACAGUUGAAUCAACAAGCUGAAAUGAUAAACCAAUUAAGCAAGAUGUUGAAUAGCAAAUUUAAAAAACGAACAAGAACACACGAAAUCUGGAAACAUGUAAGCCAUGUAAAAUUUGUUUAA